AUGGAAAGACUUGAUUGUACUAAUUUGGAUUAUUCCGUGCAAUAUGCAGAGAUGUAUAAAGAUAGAACAUUGCGUUUGGGCCGUGAACUUGAAAAGUACUUAGGAGGUUUAGGAUACACUAAAAGUACAACUCCUAUGGAACAAGAAACUCUACUGAUCGGCUGUAUUAGCAUAACAACUGCAAGAGCAUCUGUAGCUAAGAUAAUUCACCAAAUAGAUAAAGUAGGCGAAGUAGUUGAUCCAGCAAUUACAGAGGAGAAGGAGUACUUUAUUGAAAGUGCUGAAAUAGAAAGGAUUAAGCUUGAGUUGCCAGCAGAUGAAGAGAAAAGUCUUAUCUCUGGUGCGGUAGUAGGUUUAAUUGGUCAGAAAGUAGGAAUGUCCUUUAAAGUCACCCAAGUAAUCUAUCCCAUUACUGCUUAUACUGGACCUCAACCUCCUGUUUCAGUAGGUGAUAGUGAGAGUCCGCCUUGUAAACGGAUGGAUUUUGGUGAGCAAGAAGUAGUGGUUCUGCCCCGUGUCAAUGGUUUAGGAGGGAAGAAGUCUUUACUCAACCUGUUCCAGACUCGAGGUAAAGUACCAGAGAAGGUCUUUCUACUGGAAGGAUUAGUUGCUGAUGGAGGUAAGAUUGAUGGAGUUGAUAAGACUGGUAAGAUUGAUGUAAUUGAUAAGAAACUAUCUUCUUUUGGUUUACGGGAGUUAAUAGCUGGAAUGGAGAAACAGGUGUGCUUGAUUCCUGGGGCUGAAGAUUAUGUGCCUUUGAUGGUGCCGUAUACACCGCCAUCAAGAGAGUUGUUGCAUAUUGGUGAAGAGUGCCAAAUUCUGACUAAUCCGGCGGUUGUAACUGUUUUUGGCCAACGAGUUGUCUUUUGUCCUCUUGCUAUUGUUAAGGAGAUUAUGUGGUACUUUGGUAGUGAAGGUAGUGAAGAUAUUAAUGAGUACUUCCGGGCAAUGGAGUGCAUUAUUAGGUGCCGGCAUAUUUCACCGACAUCCCCGGAUAGAUGCCCGACUUAUCCUCUUAAGACUGAUCCUUUUGUUUUAGAUACGGUUCCGGAUGUGCUAGUUCUGUGUGUGGAUAAGCUUGGGCCGGAAAUUAGAGACUUUGCUUUUGAAAAUGGCUCGGUGGCUUUGGUGGUUCUUUCUAGUCCAGAUAAAGGUGUUCUCUUUAUGCGUGAAGAAGGACUGGCUCUCGAAAUUCUUUAA